GCCUGCGGCGGCUGGCCCUGGAGGAUGCUCCUGGCCCGCGCGGCUGGCGGGGCUUUGCCCGGCCGGCGAUUGGUCGGCAGGAGGGGCGUGAGGGCGGGGAGAAGGGGCGGCUCCCGGCUGCAGGCGGCGUGUUCGUGCAGCCUGCCGCGGACACGGGCUGCUCCUGGUGGCAGUUGUCACUGUGUCUUCCUCCCAGGACCAGCCCGAGUGUGAGCAGGAUGGCGGCCUUUGACAUCGAUGCCCCUCGUUGGGACCAGUGCACUUUCUGGGGGCGGGUGAAGCACUUCUUCAAUAUCACAGACCCCCGCACUGCCCUGGUUCCGGAGCGGGAGCUAGACUGGGCCAAGAUGAUGGUGGAGAAGAGCAGGCUGGGGGUGGUACCCCCAGGCACCCGCCCGGAGCAGCUGCUGUACGCCAAGAAGCUGUACGACUCGGCCUUCCACCCAGACACCGGGGAGAAGAUGAACUUUAUGGGGCGCAUGUCCUUCCAGGUCCCCGGGGGCAUGAUCAUCACCGGUUUCAUGCUCCAGUUCUACAGAACCGUGCCGGCGGUGGUCUUUUGGCAGUGGGUGAACCAGUCUUUCAACGCCCUGGUGAACUACACCAACAGGAACGCCGCUUCCCCCACGUCCGGCAGGCAGAUGGCCCUUUCCUACGUCACAGCCACCACCACAGCAGUGGCCACUGCCGUGGGCAUGAACAUGCUGACAAAGAGAGCGCCACCCCUGGUGGGCCGCUGGGUGCCCUUUGCUGCGGUGGCCGCAGCCAACUGCAUCAACAUCCCAAUGAUGCGACAGCAGGAGCUGCUCCAGGGCAUCUGCGUGAAGGACAGGAAUCAGAACGAGAUCGGUCAGUCUCGGAGAGCGGCAGCUCUCGGCAUCACCCAGGUGGUCAUUUCUCGGAUCACCAUCUGUGCUCCUGGCAUGAUCUUGCUGCCCAUCAUCAUGGAGCGGCUGGAGAAACUGCGCUUCAUGCAGAAAGUGAAGACGCUGCACGCCCCCUUGCAGGUCCUGCUGUGUGGGUGCUUCCUCGUCUUCAUGGUGCCGGUGGGAUGCGCGCUCUUCCCCCAGAUAUGCGAAUUUCCAGUUUCCUCUCUGGAACCAGAACUCCAAGACACCAUCAAGGCCACAUACGGGGACACCAUGCCUUACGUCUACUUCAACAAGGGUCUCUAACCGCCUCUCCCCGCCCAGCCUGCAGCCUUCUCCCUGGCCUCUGCUUGACUGGACCUCAGGGGAUAAAAG